GCAUGCUCGGUAGCGGCGGCGCGGGAGGGGGGGCCGGGGAGUGGAGUGCGGCGCUCGGUAACGCUCGGCGGUUUCCGUGCAGGCCAGGCCGCCAUUUUCUGACCGCGUUCCCCUCUGCGUUGCCCGCGCGGCUGCCAGUUCCACUUGUCCGCGAUCUGUCCUGCUCCGCCAUGGACGGCAUUGUCACCGAUGUUGCUGUUGGUGUUAAGAGAGGAUCUGACGAACUUCUUUCAGGCAGUGUACUCAAUAGCCCGAACUCUAACAUGAGCAGCAUGGUAGUUACUGCAAAUGGUAAUGACACCAAGAAAUUCAAAGGGGAAGAUAAAUUGGAUGGGGCUCCUUCUCGUGUUCUUCAUAUCAGGAAACUGCCUGGGGAAGUGACAGAAACAGAAGUUAUUGCUUUAGGUUUACCUUUUGGUAAGGUGACCAACAUCCUGAUGCUGAAAGGGAAAAAUCAGGCAUUUUUGGAACUUGCCACAGAAGAAGCAGCUGUCACCAUGGUGAAUUAUUACUCUGCUGUGACGCCUCAUCUUCGGAACCAACUUAUCUAUAUCCAGUAUUCCAAUCAUAAAGAACUGAAGACUGAUAACACACUUAACCAGAGGGCCCAAGCUGUUCUUCAGGCGGUGACAGCUGUGCAGGCAACAAAUGCUCCCAUUAGUGGGACCACUGUUAGUGAGAGUGCAGUGACUCCAGCUCAGAGUCCAGUACUCAGAAUAAUCAUUGACAAUAUGUACUAUCCCGUAACCCUGGAUGUUCUCCAUCAGAUAUUCUCUAAAUUUGGUGCUGUGUUGAAGAUAAUCACAUUCACAAAGAAUAACCAGUUUCAAGCUUUACUGCAGUAUGGUGAUCCAGUAAAUGCACAGCAAGCAAAACUAGCCUUAGAUGGUCAAAAUAUCUAUAAUGCUUGCUGUACCCUACGGAUUGAUUUUUCCAAACUGGUGAAUUUGAAUGUCAAGUACAACAACGAUAAAAGCAGGGACUACACUCGUCCUGAUCUGCCAUCUGGUGAUGGGCAGCCAGCGCUGGACCCAGCUAUUGCUGCAGCAUUUGCAAAGGAGACCUCUCUUCUAGGGCUUCCUGUUGCAGCUGUUCCAGGAGCUCUGAGUCCUUUGGCUAUUCCAAAUGCUGCUGCUGCAGCUGCAGCCGCUGCUGCCGGCCGGGUGGGAAUGCCUGGAGUUCCAGCUGGUGGCAAUACAGUUCUCCUGGUUAGCAAUUUAAAUGAAGAGAUGGUUACGCCCCAAAGUCUGUUUACCCUCUUCGGUGUUUAUGGUGAUGUGCAGCGUGUGAAGAUUUUAUACAAUAAGAAAGAUAGUGCUCUUAUACAGAUGGCUGAUGGAAACCAGUCACAGCUGGCCAUGAGCCAUCUUAACGGACAAAAGAUGUAUGGCAAGAUUAUUCGAGUGACCCUUUCCAAACAUCAGACAGUACAACUACCUCGAGAGGGACUUGAUGACCAAGGGCUGACAAAGGAUUUUGGUAAUUCACCUCUGCAUCGCUUCAAGAAGCCUGGUUCAAAAAACUUCCAAAAUAUAUUCCCUCCUUCUGCAACACUUCAUCUGUCCAAUAUUCCACCAUCGGUAGCAGAAGAGGAUCUACGCACAUUGUUUGCUAACACUGGAGGCACUGUGAAAGCGUUUAAAUUCUUUCAAAGAGAUCACAAGAUGGCACUUCUUCAGAUGUCAACAGUAGAAGAAGCUAUUCAAGCUUUGAUUGAUCUUCACAAUUACAAUCUGGGAGAAAAUCACCAUCUGAGAGUUUCUUUCUCUAAGUCAACCAUUUAAAAAGGCAGAUUAGAAAAGGAGGGUAUAUUGCAUUGUUUGGUGUUGUCACCUAUUGACUGUUCAGGAAAGUGGGGACCAGAGUUUGUCUUCUCUUGUUUUUUGGGUUUUUUCUAUUAUUUUCUUCUCAUGCUGUUAUCAUUCCUUGAUUGUUUUAAAAACUUAAACCCUUCAAAGCAGUGAUUCUAACUGCUGGUGUUCAGCUGUUGUUGAUAAACCAUCCUUUUGUUGACAAGAUUUCAAGUUAAUACCACAGGUUUUCAACUUAGUUGACGUACGUGCCUUAAACAAGGAGAACUAGUACUGCUGGAAUUGCAUAACUAGUGAAAAGGCAGAUUUGGUUGUCUGGGGCACAUUGUUACAUGAUGAUUUCAAUAUGUUUUGGCAGGGGUGUGUGAAAAGGUUAAGCUUUUGUUUCUCCUGCUUGAUAGAUUUCUUUUAUCUCUGGCUUGUCACUUAGUUUUCUUUUUAAUCGAAUAAGAUGAGUUACACUGAAAGAGUUAAAGGAUGUUAUUUGAUUUGCUUCUUAUUUGCUUUGUGUUCAUUUGUUUGAAAAAGGCCUUUAGUAUUUCAUCGUUCUGGUCUAGAUUCAGUUCUGAAUGUAGGCAUUAGUUAAAAUUAACAAGGUACAGAAUAUUAAUUUUUUCAAAGGACAAAAAGUGACUUCUGUGACUUUGAGCCCUACAUGAAAAGCAUUGUGGGAUCUUAACCUUUUUGUACACACUCUUGUGGGAUGUAUCAUAUAAAUGUCAGCACUAAGUAAUGUCUUGUUUGUGGCUGAAUAUUUUUCGUAGAUGUUUUUUGAAGUUGACAUGACUUACGUGCAUUUCAGUAUAUAUUGCCAUCUUUAGUUUGUAAUUAAGAUCUGGAAUAUGGUUGUGGAUUUCUGAGCAUGUACAGACCGGUCAAGCUAGUUCAGGAAAUGGUGCAUGUAUUUUUUCAAUGAAGAAGAAAGUUUGCUGCAGAAGCUGGCAGGAAAUUUUGGGGCAGUUUUCUCAAACUGACAAACCAGGUGGGACCAAAGUUUAUGUGCCUUUAGUCUUAAUUUACCUUGCAUUGUAAUAUUGAGUUUUAAUAAAUCUCUUCAAGCUAUUUUGUAUUUAGAAAUUGAUCUGACUUUACUAUAAACAUGGCUCAGAAUCUACAGAUCCAGUUAAUUUGAAAGCAGUUCUCUGUCAGGCUGAACUGUUACCUUGAUUCUGUUUCAAUGACCAAUACUUUUUGAAAUUGAUGUAACUUAGUUUCAAGAUCCAUAGAUUCUGUUAUCUAUGUAGAGACAAAGAAAAAAAUGGUCAUGUAUAUUUUCUAUUAGUUGAGUUUUUACAUCUUUAGAAUUGUAAAAUUCAGUCUAGUUUGAAAGUGGCACAAUUAAAAAUUAAUUUUCUAACAAAGUUGGGAGGUUUGACGGUGGUUUAAUUUCAUUUUGUGUGUACUCUGCUUACCUCUGUAGCAUGCUCAAUAAACACUUCUGUAGCUCUGUA